CCUCACCUUUUUAUCAACCGUUUCUCUCUCUCACAUCUUCUCUCUCUAGGGUCCUCGACUCUCUCUCUCUCUCUCUCUCUCUCUCUCUCUCUCUCUCUCUCUCUCUCCUUGGGGUCCUGAAAAAGCCCAGUCGAGGACACGGUCAUGGAAUCCUUCCAAGUUGCACAAUUUCCAGCCUCUCCUAUUGAAUUGGGGAUUUGUUGGUAAUGUGGCCGGCAGAUUGCAGCCUGGUCUUUUCAUUCAGCAGUAGGCUAUGGAUUCUUCGUCCUUUGAGGGAGUAGUGCUUGAUCCAUCAAAAUGCAGUGCGUUGAGUAUGGAGGAAAAGAGAGAACUUGUUUAUCAAGUAUCAAAGUGGCCUCAUGCCCCUGAAAUGUUACAAUCAUGGAGCCGACAGGAGAUUUUGCAGAUACUAUGUGUGGAGAUGGGAAAAGAAAGGAAAUAUACUGGCUUGACGAAGUUAAAAAUCAUAGAAAACCUUUUGAAAAUUGUAUCUGAAAAGAAUUCAGAGGGGAGUGAGGCUGCAGCAAACCUUGAACUGCAGUCUUCACCUACAGUUGAGCAAAGAUCUUCCAAAAGGCAGAGAAAAGCUGAUCACCCUAAUCGGGUUCCUGUUGAAGUGAAAAAUGGUUUAAUCAACAAUGUUGAAAAUGAUAUGGCUAAUAUUAUAUACUGCAAAAACUCAGCUUGCAGGGCUAAAUUAAGUCGAGAACAUAAAUUUUGCAAGAGGUGUUCAUGUUGCAUCUGUUAUCAGUAUGAUGACAACAAGGACCCUAGCUUGUGGUUAAAUUGCAGCUCUGAGCCUCCCUUUCUUGGCGAUUCAUGUGGCAUGUCAUGCCAUUUGGAAUGUGCUUUAAGGCAUGGAAAAUGUGGGAUUGCUAAAAAGGGGAUGGAUGGGAGUUUCUUCUGUGUGUCGUGCGGGAAAGUGAAUGAUUUGCUCGGAUGCUGGAGAAAACAGCUGAUGACAGCGAAGGAUACCCGACGAGUAGAUAUAUUGUGCUAUCGUGUCUCUUUGAGCCAAAAGCUUCUUGCUGGUACCAAAUGUUACCAAAAGCUUCAAGACAUAGUGAAUGAAGCAGCAAUGAAGCUUGAAGCGGAUGUGGGUCCUUUAACUGGUUUACCCGUGAAGCAGGCAAGGGGUAUUGUUAACAGGCUUUCUUCAGGUCCAGAAGUUCAAAGACUCUGUGCUUUUGCAGUGGAGUCCCUGGAUUUGGUGCUUUCUGGAACUUUCCACCGUGUUUCAUCCAACCAUGUCAUUCAAGAAUCCAGUUUGACUGCUUCCAAAAUAAUCCGGUUUGAAGACGUCUGCACUUCAUCUCUUACUGUUGUAUUGGGGUCUGAAGAUCCCCCACUGGAAAAUAUUUCUGGUUAUAGAUUGUGGCAUCGUAAAGCUGACGAUGUGGACUAUCCAGCAGAACCCACGUGCACAUUAUUUACGCCAAAUACAAGGUUUUCUCUGUCCAGACUAAACCCAGCUACAGAGUAUGUUUUCAAGGUUGUUUGCUUUGAUAAAGCUAGAGAGUUGGGGACGUGUGAACUGAAGUUCCGAAUGGGAAUUGUUAGGAACGAUGUUAGCAAUUCAAAGAACUUGGUCAUUGGAAGAAGUGGAAGUCCAGUGACUAACUCUAGCAGUUUAUCUAAUCCUUCUUCUGUGGAGGAUGAAACUAACAACAUUGUUCCAUUCAUAAAUGGGAAUAAGAAUACGGAGGACCAUAGUCUUACCUAUACCAGAAACCCUGAUGGACGUAUUUCGUGUCAAGUAGGAUCUUCUGGAGAGUUGGCAUCUUUGUUGGAUGAGGAAGGGCAAAUGAGGAAAAUGAGCUCCCUCCCAAAUGGUGAAGCUCUAGAUUUUGUGAACAAGGACUCAGCAGAAGGUCAAACAAUUGAAGAGACGAGCACUGAUAAUGGGUCAAAUACCCAUUUUCACACGGUUUCAGAACGUGUACCACUUGUUGGUAACACGGAAGCUGUAUUACCCAUUACCCCUUGCAAAUUGGAAAAUAUUGCCAUGGGGCUGGGAAGAAGUGGGAGAUUCAAAGUUAGAGAAAAAGAUCUUUCUAGCGGACAUGGGACGGAAGAAGAGCCCCAAGGUGGCAGCUCAUCGAAGAAGAGAGGUGCCUGUGGGGAAAGGCGGGAUUUGGAGGAUUCUGAAAAUGGCAACAGGGAUUUUGAGCAUUACGUGAAAGUGAUCAGAUGGUUGGAAUGUGAGGGACAUAUUGAGACAAGCUUUAGGCAGAAAUUUCUGACCUGGUACAGCUUGAGAGCAACUCCACAGGAAGUUAGGGUUGUGAAGGUGUUCGUUGAUACUCUUAUUGAUGAUCCCGCAUCGCUAGCCGAGCAACUUGUGGACGCUUUCUCGGAUGCUGUUUCGAGCAAGAGAUCCUCUGUCAUGCCAUCUGGGUUUUGCCUUAAGCUUUGGCACUGACAGUUUCUUGAACGGUCCUUGUUAUUUCAAAUGAUUUGUCAAACCCUAUUCAGGUUUGGACGUAGGUUUUUGUGGACCCCCAAAAGAAUUCUUAGCAUUCUUCCUUUAGAUUUUCCCCAAUGUAUUUGAUCAUUAGUAUUUGACAUUUUCAUUAGCUAAGACAUCAAUUCAUUGCUCAUUUUCUUCUGUAGAACAGUUAUCAUUCAUGGAUAUGCUUUAUCGCAGCAGAUGAUGAAUCAAAUACGUUUGAUUUCAUGUUCUUUA